UCUCUUAAAUUGCUCCUUAUUUUAUAAACACUGUAAAGUUUCAUUUAUGAAAUUCAUUAUUUCGAGUUCGAACCGAAAUCAGACCACUUUUCAAACCGGGUACCUACGCCAAAAUCUGUGUAGUGUGUGAUCAGAGACAAGUACUUGUCUCUGGUGUGAUUAUAAAACCGGUGAACGAUCCGUUCCCGCGAGAUUUGGCAAGAGAAGCUUGUUCUACUGCCGUUGCGUGAUGGGAUCACUCGAUCGCGUUCAAGAAUACCAAUAUUCGCUUCACGAGAGAACCACGCCCUUCUUUCUCAUGCGAUCGCCGUUCCCAGUUUCGAGAAUUAGGCUCCAGUGGUACUCUGUAAUCUGUGGUAGCAAUUAGCAUGCACAUAGAAGUAAGGUGUAAAUUAAUAAGAUGCCCAUGCUAGCAUGGAGAGAAUGCGAUGCUAUGGCAUACGGAUGCCGGAGCUGACAAAUUCUUAGAGAGGACUACAAGUUUUAAAGGAUAACUCCCGAAAACUCGUAGUACCAAAAAGGGGGUUUUUUAGUUGGUAAGAAUCCAACACUACCCAGGGUUCGGAACACUGGGUGUCUUCGCGACGAUUUUUAUUCAUCCAGCCGCCGGGCAAACAAAAAAAAAAAAAAUUAAUCCCAUUUUGCAACUGCGUGAACAAACGUCACUUCUGACAGCCGUCAUUCAAGUUGUUAUGGUGGAAUGCUGUUAAUGUUUGGUGGUAUUCGCAAAUAUUAAUUUUUUAACAAAUUUGCCCUGUUAUUAAGUAUUUAGUUGAGUGCUUUGCUGUGGAAUUAAUUCCGGACAGUUGGUUUGAUCCCGUUCAUCUCCUAACAGCGUUAAAUCGACCGAACCAAUGUCGAAGCGUCGAAUAGAAGUGCUUGAUCCCUUUAUCAAGAAAAAACGAGAGGAGAAGGGUAUUCCUACAGCAAUCACCUACACUCAAGUGGCCGCUACCCCUAUGAAUCCCUACAACAACCUGCCCUACACUCAACGCUACCAUGAACUCUACCGCAAACGAAUCGGGCUUCCGGUUUUCGAGUAUCGACAGGAUUUCAUGCGACUUUUGUCCGACAAUCAGUGUAUCGUCCUGGUGGGUGAGACUGGCUCCGGAAAAACCACCCAAAUCCCCCAAUGGUGCGUCGAGUACGCGAUGAAAAUCGGCCAAAAAGGAGUCUGUUGCACACAACCUCGAAGGGUGGCAGCCAUGUCCGUGGCCCAGAGAGUCUCCGAGGAAAUGGAUGUCGCUUUAGGACAGGAAGUCGGCUACAGUAUUCGAUUUGAGGACUGUUCAUCGGCCAAAACUGUAUUAAAAUACAUGACCGACGGUAUGUUGCUGCGCGAAGGAAUGAGCGAUCCGAUGUUAGACGCCUACCAAUGUAUCCUUCUGGAUGAGGCGCACGAAAGAACGCUGGCUACCGACAUUCUGAUGGGCGUCCUUAAGGAAGUGAUCAAGCAACGUACAGACUUGAAGCUGGUCAUUAUGUCCGCUACUUUGGACGCUGGCAAGUUCCAACAGUACUUCGACAAUGCGCCCCUGAUGAACGUCCCUGGACGGACACAUCCGGUUGAAAUAUUUUACACUCCAGAGCCGGAAAGAGACUAUCUGGAGGCGGCCAUUAGAACGGUCAUACAGAUCCACAUGUGUGAGGAAAUAGCGGGCGACGUGCUGCUGUUCCUAACGGGUCAAGAAGAGAUCGAAGUGGCCUGUAAACGCAUCAAGCGCGAAAUCGAUAAUCUCGGCCCGGAAGUGGGCGAACUAAAAUGCAUCCCACUAUACUCCACAUUGCCGCCGAAUCUUCAGCAGCGCAUCUUUGAAGAUGCGCCACCCAGCAAGGCAAACGGUGCCAUUGGACGGAAAGUCGUGGUUUCCACCAACAUCGCCGAAACUUCUCUAACUAUUGACGGCGUCGUCUUCGUGAUAGAUCCCGGUUUUGCUAAACAGAAGGUUUACAAUCCGAGGAUUCGUGUCGAGUCGUUGCUGGUGUCUCCCAUCAGCAAAGCAUCCGCUCAGCAACGAGCCGGACGUGCCGGCCGAACCAAACCUGGCAAAUGUUUCAGGUUGUACACGGAAAAGGCAUUCAAGAAUGAGAUGCAGGACAAUACUUACCCGGAAAUUUUGCGAUCAAACUUGGGUUCUGUGGUGCUUCAACUGAAGAAACUGGGCAUAGACGAUCUCGUCCACUUCGAUUUUAUGGAUCCGCCAGCGCCCGAGACUCUAAUGCGCGCUUUAGAGCUGCUCAAUUAUCUGGCUGCUUUGGAUGACGAUGGAAACUUGACCGACUUGGGCGCCGUUAUGGCUGAGUUUCCUUUGGACCCGCAACUGGCCAAAAUGCUGAUCGCCAGUUGCAACCACAACUGCUCUAAUGAAAUAUUGUCAAUAACAGCCAUGUUAUCAGUCCCACAGUGUUUCGUCAGACCCAACGAGGCGAAGAAGGCUGCUGAUGAUGCCAAGAUGCGCUUUGCCCACAUCGAUGGUGACCACCUAACAUUGCUGAAUGUUUAUCACGCUUUCAAGCAAAGUAUGGAGGAUCCUCAAUGGUGUUACGACAACUUCGUGAAUUAUCGGUCCCUAAAGUCUGCAGACAAUGUUCGGCAGCAAUUAUCGCGAAUUAUGGACCGUUUCCACCUGAAAAGAACAUCCACCGAUUUCACGAGCAAAGAUUAUUAUAUUAACAUCCGCAAAGCUCUAGUCAACGGCUUUUUCAUGCAGGUGGCGCACUUAGAGAGGACCGGCCACUAUUUAACAAUAAAAGAUAACCAGAUUGUCCAACUGCACCCGUCGACCUGUUUGGAUCACAAGCCAGAAUGGGUAAUCUACAAUGAGUUCGUGUUAACCACGAAAAACUACAUUAGAACUGUGACGGAUAUUAAGCCGGAUUGGCUAUUGAAAAUCGCCCCCCAGUACUACGACUUGAAUAACUUCCCGCAGUGCGAAGCCAAGCGGCAGCUGGAAAUUCUGCAAAACCGGCUCGAGUCCCGGCAGUUCCAGCAAGGUUUUUAGUCAUUGUUUCGAUUCCGGUUUAUUAAAUUUUUAAAUAAGACUUAUAUAGUUGAUACUGCAGCCAGAUUUGGAUUUUUCAAUUGAAGCACUGGUCUAGGUGGUUGAUAAACAAUAUUAUUUCUUUGA